AUGUCCCGUCGCACCACCAUUCCUGAGCAGCCGCCCCGACCGUCCUCACUAGGGAGCUGCAUCAUCUACGGCUGCGGAGCGGGACUGCUUGGCGUCGCUGUAAUGACAAUCGGCGAAAAGAUUGAGCAAUACUUCACCGGCCGACCAAAUUCAUAUGUACCGGGCCACACUCUGGAGCGCCUUCUCCGACUACCCGUUCGCCCCGAUUCCGAGCGCUUCGGAUUGAACAUGGCGAUGCACUAUGGACAGGGAGCAGCUGCGGGAAUGAUUAGAGCAUUUAUGAGCGCAUACGGCGUUCGCGGGCCAUUCGCUGAUUUUAUGUUUGUUGCCAUACGGCUUAUGAUCGAUCAAACAUUGGAAAAUGUUACGGGGGUUGGGGCGCUUCCAUGGACCUGGCCUGUUAAUGAGCAGGUUAUUGAUAUUCUUCAUAAGGGAGUAUUUGCGUUUGUGACGGGAUACUUCACGGAUAGGUGGCUACAAGGGUGA